UCCGGCCGGCUGACCGACAACCAGAAAUAGAAAGAACUUAAAGAGGAAAUGAACACGACCCUUUUAACUAAUUAUUUGACAUUUCCAGAAAAUUUUGUAACUCUCUUACCAAUUUUCCCUCCAUUAUUUCCGAUAUUAUUGGCUUUCUUUUUUUCCAUCUUGGUCUUAAAAACGUAGCAAUUCAGCAUUCAUAUAUUUCUAAAAUAAUAAAUUCAUUCAUUCAUUCAUACACCUAACAAUCCAAACCAAACUAUUUAGCCUUUGAGUCAGAUUUGAGUUUUUGAAGAGUCUUCUUUACGUUUUAUUACAAGUUGAAAAGCAAUUGGAAAACUAAAAAGUUCAGAUCUUUGGUUCAAUUUUUGUGAUUCUUGAAAAUACCCAUUUGGAUUUUGAGUUAAUUUUUUAUUUGUUGUGAUGGGUUGGAGAUACAAAGCUGGUCUCUUUCUUAUUUCAGCUGUUGUUGUUAUUUGGGUCACCUCUGCUGAAGUUACCCAGGGCAUUUUCUCCGAAUAUAAGCAGCCAUUUGCAAUCACAUACCUUGGAGCUUCUUUGCUGGUAAUUUAUCUACCUGUAGCAUUUCUUAAGGAUUGGAUAUGCGAUUUGCUGAAGAGACGCUGUAGUAGAGCUGGUAACUCUGAGACUGGCAGUGAGUCAUAUAUGAGACAUAGUAGUUCUCCUCUAAAGCAUACAGUACAGAAAGUCUUCGAGAUAGAAAUCUUGAAAUCAUUGGAUAGGAAAGAUAGCGAAGAAAAUCUUUCUGCCGAGGAAGAAGGAAAACCUUUGGUUGCUAUAUGCAACGGUAAUUCCGAUGAUUUAAAGAACGGAAAAGAGAUAACCACCUGGCAAAUUGCUCGUUAUGGAUUCUAUCUUGCUCCUCUCUGGUUUAUUACUGAGUACCUGUCGAAUGCAGCGCUUGAGCAUACAAGUGUUGCAAGCACAACCGUACUAUCUUCUACUUCGGGACUAUUCACUCUUUUUGUAGGUGUAUUACUGGGUGAAGAUUCAUUAAAUAUGGCAAAGGUAGUUGCAGUCUUUGUUAGCAUGUCAGGCGUUGUGAUGACAACUCUAGGAAAAACAUGGGCGACUGAUGAAUCUAAAUUGGAUUCUUCCUCAAGUGGCGAACGUUCUCUCCUGGGGGAUCUCUUCGGCCUUCUAUCAGCUAUGUGUUAUGGGCUGUUCACUGUGCUUCUUAAAAAGUUUGCUGGCGAGGAAGGAAAAGGAGUAGAUAUGCAAAAAUUGUUCGGUUAUAUAGGGUUGUGUACCCUUGUGACCAUGUGGUGGCUUGUAUGGCCAUUGACAGCCCUAGGUAUUGAACCCAAGUUCACAAUACCUCAUUCUGCUAAAUUGGAUGAAGUUGUUUUGGCCAAUGGACUUGUAGGAAGUGUUCUCUCGGAUUACUUUUGGGCACUGUGUGUUGUUUGGACAACUCCAUUAGUUGCAACCUUGGGCAUGUCUCUCACAAUUCCACUUGCGAUGGUGGCUGACAUGGUGAUUCAUGGACGUCAUUAUUCUGCUAUUUACAUUCUUGGCUCAGCACAGGUAUUUGCAGGAUUUGUAAUAGCUAAUAUAUCAGACCGGAUUUCAAAACUUAUGGGACUAUAACAUUUGCUGGAAUUCCCUUGGCUCAAUACAGAGAUCCCUUCAUCUUUUAUUAGUACCACUUCCUGCUUCAUUGUUCAAGAAAAGGUGGAGUUAUCGGACAGUUGAAUAUAGGCGUUGGAUUGAUAUGUACCGAUACAUGCCUAUGGCAUAUAAAAGAGGCGAAAAGAUAGCCACUAUACUACUGGUGUUUGAGACUGCAAAAAAUUGAAUAACAAUGUAUUCAUUGUUGUCCUACAUCUUAAGCUUUUGAUCUCCAAAUGUUUUUUUUUCCCUUUUGAUAGUUGUUUCUCAAGUUGUCAUUUUUUAUGCAAUGUAAAUAUUGAGUGGUAAGAUAAUGUUUGUUCAAUUCAAUACUGCUCUUCAUCGCCCAACAGUCAGCUUAUACAACACAAGUAGUUAUAUGCA